AUGCCCACACGUCGUAAAAGUGCUGCAAAGUCGCGGACUCCCUCCCGAUCAUCAAACACACGCUUCACUGACAAAGGUGACAGCUCCACACGGAAGAAACGUAGAAGAAUUUCUAGAGAUAGACUGGAAGAUGGUAGUACACCGGACAUGCUCGACUCUCUUUUAACAGAUCCCGAUUGGAACUCAUUAAGGGAAUCAACAGGUGGAAGAAGCAGUCGAAACUCCUCCAGGACAAAUAGACAAUCUGAAACUCGUACACCUACACCAGUUAGGGGUAGAUGUGUAUCCCUUAUCGAGGGUACAACGGUUGUCCAGCCCGUCUCGUCACCGGUAAAGAAGCGGAGUCGCAAUAGUCGAAAGCAGGGUUUGGAGAAUAUCCAGAUGUCCCUGCUCUCGCAGACCGAGCAGACGGAUUGGCUACUGCCUAGGCGCAGCACGGGUCCAAUGAGUCCGGGUCUGGUGCCAAACAUCAAGGCUAGACACCCCUCAGACUCUUCUCAGGAGGCAGUUGAUGACUUCUGCUGGAUUUGUCAUCGUCCUGGACAGUUGAAAUCCUGCAGCAGCUGUCCCCGCGUCUACCAUUCCAAUUGCUCAAACAUUCCAGAGAGUAAGUCGGGUGAAGGCUUGUCGCAUGAAAACUGGCAGUGCGCCCUGUGUCGUGAACUAGCUUUGGGCACAUCGGACGGGGUGAAAUGGGGACCAGUGGUUUCGACUGUGACCUACGAGAACCAACUUAAUAAGGCGUUGGCUUUUAUGAUUGAUUUCUUGUCCAUUCAAAGCUGGGCGGAACCAUUCCGAGAAUCAGUCGAUUCUAGUGAAAAUUUCGGCACGUCGGGUGCCAUCAGAUAUCCUAUGGAUCUUCGUACACUCCUUCAGCGAGUCAAUGCUGGCCAAUAUAAAUCAACGAAUGCAUUUCUGGCUGAUUUCCUCUGGAUCAUUCAUAAUUGCUUCAUAUCCGAGGAAAAGCCAAACCCCCAACUCUUGGUUAAGGCGCGUUCUCUAGAGCAAGCGUGUCUCUGCGAGAUCGAACUCCUGCGAGCCUGUCCCACCUGCUACCUCAAUCGAAUUAUCGCCCUUCCUGUCCUCCCUUCGACUACUUUCAUCUUCCCCGCCAUCUCCAAGUGUGAACCGCACAUAUAUCGACGUCCCGAGAUGCGAAAACCCACCGAGCACCUUACUACCGACCUUGCUGAGGGGCUGUGGUUCACCAAACCCUGUGUGAGUCUCUUAAUUCUGCUUGCAAGCUCAAAGCACGAUCCUCCUUCCACGCAUUGGGAGUUCAGCUCAAAGUGUAAUGAAGUUCAGACCACUGUGAUCCACCCAGUCGUAUGGGUUCGUUUCGAGGAGGGGCGACGGUGGCCGGGGAAGAUGAUGGCGGAGCUGCCAAACAAGCUCCUCCUGGUCUCCUUUUUUGGCACCUAUGCCACUCGCAAGACGCCGCCAAACUACGUAACUCUGCACACCUGUCUCAGCGUCUCCGUGAACGCAAACACCCCCUCUGGCGCCGCCGCCACCACCACCGCCUACAGCGAGAAGGAGACGGAAGGAGGACUCAGGCGACUGCCCGAUUCUGGCGAACUGAAGGACGCAGAGACCCACGCCCGGGCCUGUGAGGAGCUACGCCGCCAUCUUUCUCUCCUUGUCCAGGCCUUUCCCAAAUUUCGAUUCCCUGCUGCUCCUGCCUCCCGCGUAUUACCGUUCUCCCAACACAUCAUCAAACAGCAUUAUGGGUCCUUCAACCAAUGGAUCCUUGCAGGAAAUAACCUCCCUUCUCCAGCUUCCUCUGAGUCUGGGGCAGCCGCUUCACCGGGACCUACUGGUGACGAGGUGGAUUUUGUUCAUACCUCAGAAAGCUGUCUCCCCUCCUCACCCUCCCUCGCCACCUCAGUGCCUUCGGCAACUCCCCCCGCCCCAUCUCCACCGCUCCCCCCACCUCCCCCUCCACCAUCUUUUCAAACAAGGCUGGCGUCGGCACCCCCUCAGUCAUCAUCAUCGUCCUCUAGCACAUUUCCUCUCAGUGGAACCAGUCGAUCCCUAACCUCGGAGGACUUUUCCGAACCCCUACUGGCCCGUCUUUCUACAAACCUGCUGUCGUCCUUCAGGAACUCCCACGGAGACAGAGAGGGACCGCCUCACGAGCCUCUUUGUAGUUUCCCUCACACGGAUGCGGGAGAUAAGGUGCAGGAUUCGGAGCGCAAUACCAAUGUGCAGGUUGGGAAUCCCGUGUAUGAGAAUGUGGAGGCCCCGGAUAUGGAAACGACUCCUGCAACGGAUUCUACAUCGUCAACCCUUCCCCUACGCCACCUGGAUAACACACCUUCAGGUGAUCCCAAGGCAGAUCUAAUUGCUCGCUUCCAAGAAGCUCGAGACUUGUUCUCUGGGCGAUUUCAGUCUCUGAUGGAGAGUGUCUUUCGGAAUCUCGAGGAGUCUAUCAAUGAGACCUGUUCCAUUUCAACUGCUGCCACAGCUCUUGGUGCUUCUGCAGCUUCCACUGCCGCCUCCGAGGUGGAAGCACCUAUCCAAGAAGCGACUCUGAUCACCACUCACGACCGGGAGACCCAAACCGCGUCAAAUGUUGUAGUUUCGGCGCAAUUCCUCGAGGAGAACAAAAUGAAGAUGGCACUGCUGCGUGCGGAGGUGCUUCGACAAAGUCAGGAACUGGAGCGCCUUCGGCUGCUGUUGGACUACACGCGCUACGAGGUCGCGAGCAGUCAUCGUGACCGUCUCACCGAGCUGCGUGCGGUGUGGGAGGCGGAGUUGCUAGCCGCGGUGGAGGGAGUGGUUAAAAUCUGCGAACAAGAGGCUUCAAGGCUGAUCGAUGUUGUGAAGAGGAAGCAAUGGGUUAGCGCACACUUUCUUCACUUCCUCGCUGUUGAUGCAUGCUGA